GCCACUCCUUGUCCAGAGUGGUUCAGAGAUGGUUGAUUAGCCGAAGAAAGAGGUUGGUCUAAAAAGGACUGCAGAGGAUUUUAAUUUUGUUUGGGAGAAUCUUUUUUGAAGACUAAGAAAAUGUGGCCUACGAACAUAGUGAUCGUUCUGUUCUGCUAUGCAAGUCUCUCAGCUGGAAGUGGCCGUGUGUAUUUCAUCUCUAAAAACUUUUACAACGUUCUUCACUGGGAUCCUGUGAAGCCAGCUUUUCCAGCCCAAAAGGUUCUCUAUAGCGUGCAGUACUGGAGGGGUGAUGAUCAGGACUACUUGAUAAAAGAUGAGUGUCAAAACAUCACCAGCCUGUCAUGUGAUCUAACUGCAGAAACCCCAUCAGUGUAUGACGUUUACUACAGAGCUAAAGUAAUGGUGAAUGGGACCUGUCAUGACAUCACCACCUUCUUUAAGCCCUUGAGAGACACUGUCCUUGGUCCACCAGAUUUGUCUAUUCGCACAACAGCGUCCACCCUGCAUGUCAACAUCACUCUGCCAAAGGGGCCAAAUGGAGACUCCAUUACAGAUAUCAUCACCUCCACCAAAAAAGCUGUGCUGGAGUACACCUUAAAAAUAACCCAUCCACAGUGGGCGGCACAGGUCGUCAAAACCAAAAAUAACCACUUUGACAUCAACUUGAAGUACAACCAAUCCUUCUACUGCGGCCAUGUGGUUUACACAGCUAUUCCAGAAUGGGGUCGCUCAGUCAGUGAAAAUUCAUCCUUCUGUGCAACUCUGCCAAAUGAUCCUCAUAUACCUUUUCUGUGGCCUCUCCUGGGUGGUGCUGUUCUGGCAGGCAUAGUCAUAUUAUCAGCUGUGUGUGUGUGCAACUAUGUGAAAGGUGGAGACUCAAAUAUCAUGAUAAAGUCACUGGUAAUGUCCUCCCAGAAAUUGAACAUUAUAGAACAUCCGGAUAAGAAUCUCAGGAUUUCUGAAGUUUCUAGCAAGGACACAAACCAAAUGGUUCACAACAAAGAAAAUACACGUCGAAACAGUACUGAGAACUCUCCGUAUUGCCAGCAAAACCCUGUCACAAGUGCCCAGUCUUCUGGAAGCUAUGCUGCAGUUGGAAUCCGGCCCCAGGAUGAAGAAAAUGAAAGAAAUUUUCAGCAGCAUGAUACUAUGCACAGACCAACAAGAAGAUGUUCUUCGCUGCUUUUCACAGAAAGCAGGGAAAAAGAACUCCAGAUAAGAGAAGAAAUUCCAAGUUGGAGUACUCUCGAGCAGCAGCAACUGGUCCUACGAACUGUAAGAGACGUCAAUGGACAACUACAACUUGCAUUUCAACUAAAGAGUAACCCUGAUGAAUUACAGAUGAUCACAGAGAGGAAGCCUCUGUUAUCAGACGUAACCUGCCAGGAUGUAUCAUUUAACUUUUUUGAAAGAUUAGACAGUUUAGAUGGGAGAGAUUCUGGCUGUUAUGAUAGCAUGGUUAACACACCAACCAGCUUAUACUGCAACACCAGUUACUGCUCUGAAACAACGGUUCCUGAUUUUCAGCAAGAAUGUCAGACCAAGCUUCCUGGUGAUGCCAUAUUUCAAUCAGGGUACAAACAAAACUGGAUGCCUGAAAGGCCACAUGAACCCAUCAACAUUACAGACACUUGAAGAGGACAUUAGCAGAUAUGAAGGUCAGGGGUGAAAAGGACAUGACAAACUUUCUUACAACACAAGAAUAUACAAAUUCAACAUUUGUCCAGUUUUUUACUCCAUAAAUCUACUUCCCCAGCAAUAUCCAUCAAGGACUGUCCCCCACAUCCCCACUUUUUUAAGCAAAGAGUGGUGGAAGAAGAAGUUGACCAGAAAAAUGGGAACUAGAAGGAAAAUGUAGAAUUUGUGAAAAACCAGCAGAUUUGUAUGAAAGUACUGAUGGUUAUGUAAAAGCAGUUCUGUUUGUACAUUUUCACUCCUUUAUGUGAAAAAGGAUGUAGUGUAGUGUUUCUCAUUAUUUUAUAUAUUACUAUUUAUAACUUAUAUGCCACAAAUUACACAAGCAAAUAAUAACAUAUAUGCAUGUACUAUGAGCGCAUUUGUGUGCCAUUGUCACAACUACAUAGAGAUUUAUAGAUCUGGUACAUUGUGACAAAUUUCCCAUCUUAGAUUUCUUUAAGGUUUGUUCUAUUUCUGUUUUGGCAAAUUCUCAUUUUUCUUAAAACUAUGAUUAACGCAAGGCUCAAAAUAUUUCUGAUGAAUUUUUAUUAAUUGAAAGGUAACAGACUUUUCUCAAUUUGUGUCACAUAUCUACAAAUGCAGUAAAGUUCUCCUGGUUACUGAAUAGAUAUCUGGUCUGUCAUUUACUCAUACAGGUAAUGUCCUCCCAGAACAUUACCAUGUAUAAGCCUCAAGGGACCUUUUUGUCCUCAUGGAUCAUAAUUUAUAUAAUGAGGAGAGGAGAUUUCACCCUGUGUGUAUGAGAGAGCAGUCAGUGUUACAUAGGUCUGACGGUAAACACAAUUUACUAUUUUGAAACCAAGAAGACAUAAUUACUGAGGUAGCAUUUUAAGCUAACCUGGUAAAAACCAGCCCCUUGCUCUUUACUUCGUACAGAUGGUCAGGACCCUCUGCUAUUGAAAGAUGACUUUUUGUUGGAGGCAGUUGUGUAUUCUGCUGAAGAUUUAAACAAUUAGAUCUCAUUUUACCCUGAUGAUAACAUUUGACCAUGUUGUAUGUAAUGUGCCAGCACAAUCAUGAAGAAAGCUAUGCUAUGAAGCUUACCGGAAAUUGUACGCACUGUGAAAACCAUCUCCCUCUGCAAAGAGAAAAGUGUUAAAUAUCUUAGAGUUUCUUUUUCCAACUUUAACUGCUCAAUAUUUAGAAGUGUGAUCAACAUGGAUUUCCUCUGCUGCCAUUGCCAGACUGCAGACUACAAUUCUAAAACAACCCAGAAGUUCAAUAUUAUUGUUUACAUUUGCUUGCGGAUUGGCUAGGAUAAAAUGCAUCCUGAGAAAUUGAGCUCAGUUGGAGAAAUCCCAGACAGAGCACUGAAGGGAGAUGAGAAUACAGUGGAAUUAAACACUUAAAGUACUAUAAGGUGUAUUUUAAGCUGUCUUUACCGUCUAAUGUUAGAACUUACAGUAGACUCAGUUAACAUUUCAAUCAUUAAACAGUCUCCCUACACAUGUAUUGCAAGUGUUCCUCCCCCUAACUAUGAACUACUCAAAAUAAAGGCAUUUAUUUUUAAUUAUCCAUGUUUUGUUACAAAUGUCGUUGGACAAAAUUUUCACUAAUUUCCUAGGGCAUCUUGACUUAUACUGGUCAGUUAUUUAUGUGAUACAGUUUUCAAAUCCAUGUCACUGGCUGUUAUUUUACCGCAAUGCAACUAUCAGUCUUAAAGUUUUCUGAAAACAAACCUCGCUGUCCUGUUUACUUAGCCACAAUAUAACAUUUGUCAGAGUCAUAAGAAAAUAAGUUUUUGGCCUUUUGAAAUAGAUGGAAGAUGAAACUAUAAACUAGCACAUUUUCCUCCCAUCAUAUUUCAGUAUUAUCUAUGAUGCAUAGAAACUCAUACCUUACUUGCUACCUUUACUUUGUCUUGAAAUAAAAAAAAUGUUUUUCAAACUUGUUUUAAAUUUGUAGGAAAAAAUAACCUGUGCCACAAUAAAGUCAUAUUAGAAGGUAGUGUCAUGGCGCAGUUUAAGCCACACUGAUAAGAGCUUGGCUUUUAAACGCUUGAGUGCAAUCUUUUAUUUACAGCUGUAAAGUAAUAAUGUGAAAUCAUGCUAUUCUGAGAUUUCUCUUUUUUUCCCCUUUUACCAACAUGUAACAAAUGAAUUGUUUUUGUGCUUUUCUGCUACCUUUAUUCUUUCGUUUCAUUUAGGAUUAGUUCUGUGUAAGGAGUAAGGUGUGUUCAGAUUGAUAUGAGUAGUAUGUACAAAACAAUGAAAAUGCACAUCUAUUGCUGUACAAAAUGUCACGUUGAUUUCUCUUGAAUGUCUGUGUUGUAAAGUAAAAAUUCUGAGUGUACAUAUAUAUGUGUAUAUUUUUAAACUAGUGAAAACUUCCUUUACGUAAAUAGGAUUGUCAACAGUGUAAAACAAUAAAAUGUGAAUACCGUUUUGGGUUUCUAAGUAACAGAGGUCAAAGUAUCUAGAGCAACAAGUUUGAUAAGUGAUCACUCUGUCCUCAGAGACAUUUAUCAUAUAAUAAAAGGGGAGAAAAAUUACAGCAUCCAAAGUUCAGCUAGGCAGCCAUUUUGAAAGAAAUGAAUGUUUGCAGUCAUAGUGUGCUUAAGAUAAUGAAACAGAUCUCUGGUUCUGUGUUUAUAUUUUUCCAUACUACAGAAUUUGUAUUGAAAUCAAAUGCCUAACAAAACACUUUUGUCACUUUCCUUAAAGGAUGGCUACAAUAAACAUAAAAUCUCAAA